GUCUAUGAAAAAUAAGGAAGCGGAUGGCUGCACCAUCAAGGACUCCACUGGCAGUGUGUGUGCGUCUGUGCAGCAGGAUGGCGAAUUCAGGUGUAAUCUCCUACAGUGAUCUGAAGUCCCUUGUUGGGAGGGAUAAAGGGCUGGUGCUUGUCGAUGUGCGCAACAAAGACGAAGUAGACAAAGGGCGCAUCCCGGGCUCCAUCCAUAUCCCCUUGAGCGAUGUGGAAAGAGACUUGUCUCUGGAUCCAGAUGCAUUCCAAACCAAAUUUGGGGUGGCUAAACCCCCAUUAGACACCCCUAAUCUGGUCUUCCACUGCCAGCUUGGUCGGCGCGGACAGGCUGCCACAGAUAAGGCCAAAAGCCUUGGCUUUGAAAAUGCCCGUAACUAUGUUGGAGCGUACAAGGAAUGGUCAGAGAAGGAGGGCAAAUGAUGAGCUGCUGUUCCACCACACUUUCCACACUCCACCACAUCUUUAGCAUAAAGUGCCUUUCAGGACUACUAGGCCUGUAUGUGAUUAGCUUUUAGCCUACCUCAGGGAUUUUACUGAAUGGUUAUAAAAAGUGUACCCUACCAGUUUAAAAUAAAUUUAAUGCAAAAUGAUUAAAUAAUAAAUUAGUUUUAUUAGUAUUAGUGCAACAAGUGCAUUUGACUAAAGAGUCUAAAGAGAUGCAAUCAAGGCAUGUGACAAAUUCAGAGUGGGUUAAUGUUAAACUUGUUUUAGGAAAACAAAUCGCAAUUUUUGAUUCUGGUGAUUGAAAGUAGAGCUGUCACAAUAAUUAUAUAUUAUCAAAAUUACCGCACAAUAUGCAAACUAUAAUAUUGUUCAUUGUGUUUACUUAGUGUAGAGUUCCCAUUAACGUGAAUACGCUUGUAUGUUGACUUUGUUAGAAACGUUGAUUUUAUUUAUUUAGGAUAUGUGUUCUCAUUAAUUAUACAAGUUAAUUGAUAAAAUGGUGAAUUGUCAUAAAUUUAAAAUAAUAAAAUGUAUUGCUGUUAUAUUAAAAGAAAACAGUUAUUGUGACAGGCCUAUUGAAACCAGAUGUCUGUGUUUAAUUUUUCUGAAAUGUACUUCGCACAAUACUUUUAAACAAAAUGACUUCAAAUAAAUUGCCUCAUUCUUGAUACAUUGUUAUAUAGUUUUGCAAUAUGGUUUUGUUUUAAAAUGCUAAUUUAAAAAGUGGCACUACAAGAUUGACUGAAAUUGAGCUUGUUUUAUUGGAUUUUUUAUAGUUAUAGUUUUUGAAUAGGUAUGCUAAUAGUAAAUUAAAUUGCUGCUUUUAUUAGCAUUAUUUUUGUGUUAUUGAAACUUGUGGGUCUGGGUUUAAAAUGACUUUGUUUAUCUCAAACACUAAAUUGCGAAAUUCCAUUCACCAUUUUUUUGUCAUUGGAAAAUAGUGUCUACACUGGUAAAAAUGUGGUAAAAUGUUUUGGUUAAAUGUAAGGUGGUGCUUAAAGUUUAUUUGCGUAUAAAAGAGGCGUCUCUCAGAUUGGCAAACCCAGUAGAAGCUUGAAGAUGGAGAUUUACACUGACCUUUGUUGUUCUUUCAGGUAAAAACACUUUGUGCCCAUGUUCUGUCAAAGAUUUAUGAAAUUAAUUGUUUGAAUGUACCUGUUAAAUUGUUGUUUUUCACCGGUUCAUCGCGUUAAUAAGCUGUCUUUACCGCUUAGCGUUAUUGGUAAUAAAUAAAAUGCUACAUGUGUUUGGAGGUC